CAGUCUUCAUCAAGAAAGAAAGAAAGGGGACAGAGAGGGGGAAAGUUUUAUAUAGGGGGCUCAGGCUCAACUUUUCUGUUAAAAGAAAAGUGAGUGAAAAUUGAGUUUUUCUUCUUAUUUUGUUAGUUAAUAAGGAACUAAAGCCUUUAUUUCAAACCUCUGUGAGAAGACACACAACUAAAAGCAGCAGCGAUGGGGGUCUCUCUCAUCCAGGCCUACAGGAGGCGCUGGUGGAUGGCGGUGACAGCAGUGCUUGAAAAUCUUCUGUGUUCGGCUGUGUUGCUGGGAUGGGGCUCCUUGCUCAUCAUGUUAAAGAAGGAAGGAUUUUACUCCCACCUGUGCUCAGAGAAUAACACUGUGCACGUGUCUUUGGGUAACUCAUCUGGCCACGGGGUAGAGGAAUGGCUCAGCUGUGUGGACCAGGAGGAGAUGCUGAAUCUGGGCUUCACCAUUGGUUCAUUCUUGCUCAGUGCCACCACCCUCCCACUUGGUAUCCUGAUGGACAAGUAUGGGCCACGUCCCAUUCGGCUGAUGGGGAGUUCAUGCUUCGGUCUGUCUUGUGUUAUGAUGGCUGUCUCUGCCUACAAGCCCCAUGUCCUCUCAGAGCUCAUCUUCUUGGCUCUUUCCCUGAAUGGCUUUGGAGGGAUCUGCUUGACCUUCACCUCUAUCACGCUCCCAAACAUGUUCGGCGCCCUGAGCUCCACCAUAAUGUCUCUGAUGAUCGGCUCCUACGCUUCCUCUGCUGUCACCUUCCCUGGAGUCAAGCUUAUCUACGAUGUAGGGGUGUCAUUCACAGCAAUCAUGUGGACGUGGGCGGGUCUUGCUGGGUUUGUCUUCAUGAACUGUUUUAUCAACUGGCCCAAAGAAGGCUUCCCAACACCUGACGAGGUGGACUACAGUAAGAUCCUCACAAAUCAAGAGCCGCCUUCAUCUGACCAGAAGGUUGCUGGUGAGAGACUGAGCCAGCAAAAUGGAGACGUCCAACGGUCCACAGAGAGACUUCCUAAUGGACCUGAUGCUACACCCAAUUCAGUCCCUUUCCGUCGGUCCGUAUUCUCUCCCAUCUUCCUCUGGAGUCUGGUUACCAUGGGGAUGUCCCAGUUGAGAAUCAUCUUUUAUAUGGGGGCAAUGAACAAGAUGCUGGAGUUCUUGAUCACCCAUGGACAAGAGCACCCAUCUGAUGAGCUAGCAACAGAGGCAGCAGAGAAUGUGGGUUUCUACUCAUCCAUCUUUGGCACACUGCAGCUGUUGUGUCUGCUCACAUGUCCUCUAAUUGGCUACAUCAUGGACUGGAAGAUGAAGGAGUGUGAAGAGGGUCAGACAGUCCCCUCAGGCACAGGACAGAAGCUCAACAGUCAACCCAAAAGAGACCGUAAGAUUCAGAAGGUGACAAACGCCAUGAGGGCGUUCAUCCUCACCAACUUGCUGCUAUUUUUAUUCGGAUGCUGCUGCCUCAUAGACAGCCUGCCUCUACAGAUCUUGACCUUCAUCCUCCACACUAUGGUCCGAGGCUUCAUCCACUCCUGUUGUGGAGGCCUUUAUGCUGCUGUCUACCCGUCCAACCACUUUGGCACCCUGACAGGCCUCCAGUCCAUGAUCAGCGCUGUGGUUGCUCUGCUGCAGCAGCCGCUCUUCAUCGCCAUGGUCGGACCGCUGAAAGGAGACCCCUACUGGAUCAACUUCAGCCUGCUGAUGUUCUCGCUAACUGGCUUCCUAUUGCCAGGUUACCUGUUCUACCACCGCAGACAGUUGCUGAGGGAAAAGGAGGCCAGAGACAAGCUGGCUGCUGGUCAGGAGAUGGAGGCGCUCAACCACACUGACACCAAUGGCUGCAAACCUCACACUAAUGGCUUUGCUGCUGUAGACGCUUAG